CGAUCUAUUAAUCCAAGUCGAAGACCUCCAACACAUAUCAGGUGAUAUCACGUGUUUAAUUACUAAGGAUCACCCAUGCUUAAAAUCCGUCCUAUGGACACUCUAAACCAUUCUGCCAAGUUGGCCUCGGAGCGCGACAGUCUUAUGCGCCAACCAUCAGCAGAGGAUCUUGACGCUGCUCAUCAACUCGUAUCAUCCGCACUCGGCGAGCGCCACAGAUCCCCUCCCACUCAUGAUGGGCAUCUGAGUGACGCGGCCACGGAAAAUAGUCGUCAAAGUCAACCCAGUCCAAGACCCAACGCCGAUGGGACACAUCAAUCUGGUGAGCUCCCUGAGGUGAGAGACGAUGGCAAUGGAUUAGGUCAAGUAUGCAGUAACUGCGGCACGACAAAAACACCGCUAUGGAGACGAUCGCCGACAGGCACUACCAUUUGCAAUGCAUGUGGGCUGUAUCUUAAGACGAGGAAUGCACCAAGACCGACGACCUUCAAGCGCCCCAACUCAGCAGCGUCUGGUGAGAGUCCGCGUCAUCAACGAGCUACAACCUCACCUGUAGCAACAAGUGCACCAACAUCGCAAGGUCAACCCGGCGCUAUUCCCUACCGAGUCCCCGAACACACGCCAGGUUCCUGUCCUGGUGGUGGAAACUGUAACGGCGCUGGGGGUGCCGAUGGCUGUUCAGGAUGCCCAGCAUACAACAACAGAGUCGCAAGAUCUACCAAUGCCACGGCUCUAUCCAGCAACCCCCCGCAGAACGAUGUAGAGAAUGCAACUCCAGUCAAAGCAGCCGCUCCACCAACACUCUCAAGCGCUGCGCCAGAGUCUCAACCGUCGCCGGGCAAUGUCUCUCUGGUCGUUGCAUGCAAGAACUGUGGCACCACCGUCACUCCUCUCUGGCGGCGGGAUGAGCAAGGGCAUCCGAUUUGCAACGCUUGCGGUUUGUACCACAAGUUGCACGGCUCGCACCGACCUGUACAGAUGAAGAAAUCUACCAUCAAGAGGCGGAAACGCGUGGUCCCAGCAUACCCCGAUGCACCCAAAGCUGAUCAAGGCACUUCACAAACCAACGUCUCGGUCUCGCCUGAACCUGUCUCUCCCACGCAAGACACUCAGCAAGAGUCCAGUGACAAUGCCCCUCCAGCCAAGAGGAGGCGGCCGCCUCCAGAAGUGGAUUACACCGGCUAUGUGCCCGAGCCUACCAACGGCGAUGCGAAAGCAAGCAUACCAAGGUCUAUUGAUGACUACACCGUCCAAGCACAAUUAGCUGCUGCCGCUGCAGAAGGAAUGCAGCUCGAUCCUGCCUUGACAGAUGCGGGGCGUCCACGACAAGAAGGAGACACGGCAGAAGGCGAACAAACCGGGGCUCCAGCGAACGCAGAAGAAGACCAAGAAGGAUUCCGAACUGAACGGCGGACACAACUGAUGCGCGAGGCCGAAGUCAUGAGGGCGGCAUUACGUGCGAAAGAACGCGAAAUCGAUGAACUAACAUGACGACAUCGGUAGACGAGAAUGAUGAUUUGCGUGGGAGCAGCCUUCCAUCGAACCUGAACUGAUUUGAAAUUGAGUAAUCGCAGCAAGGCGCUGGGGGAUCGUGUCGCACUAUUGACAGCGUGCAUAUGUCGGAAAAAGUGUUCCCACUUGGUUGCAGAGCCAGUUGUGGCUGGGUCAAGAAACUUUGUGAUGGGACGAGCAGGACAGGACUGGCAUUCUCUUGCCGAUCGAGGGCUUCCUCUAUGUGAAAGGCAUCCACUCGAUACUACUAUGCAGAGCCUCAUUGAGCACAGGUCGCAUGCUGAUGGCAUGUUCCAUAUCGUUCCGCGAACCACAGAUAGAUGUCUCACAACGCAGGACGAUAUUGGACCUACAAGAAUAGAUAUCAUGCCUCGACCC